AUAAGUAGUUCUAACAUUGAUACCACAAAAUAACACAUAACACAUAACACAAGUAGUUCUAACAUUGAUACCACAAAAAUAUCUCAAAAAACUGGGCGCAAAUGUGAUAUGAUUUGGUUGAAAUAUACACGAGUGACUGUUCCAGAAAGAAAGGGGUGUAGAGCGGUUUGUAAUGCAUGUAGAAAAGAAAUGAAAAGUCAAAUUCAAAGGAUGCAUGAACAUAUAAAAAAGUGCAAGCAAUCACAACCCCAUAAAAUUAUGGAGUCAAUUAAAGAUCAACAACUUCUUGAAGGUAACUCACAUCAAUAUCACAACAACAAAUGAAAAGGUCUCAGCCUAAUUCAACAUCAGCUGAUAAACAUUUGAAAAUUGAUAAGUUUUUUACACGAACAAGCCUCAAAGAAGAAGAGUUAUUUGAUCUGCAACUUGGUAGAUUUAUAUACAGUACAAACUCUAACUUCAGAACAGUUGAACACAAAGAAUUUAAAAAAUUUAUCAAUAUGCUUCAUCCAGGAUACAUUCUACCUAAUUGAACUCAAAUUGGGAGAGAAAUAUUAGAUAGGGUUUACACAGAAGAAAAUUGAAAAAUGUAAUGUAUUGAAUGGAAAAAUUGUAGCCAUGUCUUUAGAUGGCUGGAGUAAUGUACAUAAUGCACCUAUAGUUUGUAUCUCUGUAAUUACAGACAAAACUAAUAUUUUAGUAGAAACAAUCAACACUUCUGGUCAUUCACAUACUGGUGAAUAUCUUACACAAUUAGCAAGAGAAGCAAUAGAUUCUGUAAGAUGUAAAUUUGGGUGCACAGUAAAAAGCUUUUUGACUGACAAUGCAGCUAAUAUGAAAUCAAUGAGACAAGUAUUGUCAUCUGAAAGAGAUAUUAUAAUAACUUAUGGGUGUGCAGCUCAAAUGCUGAAUCUUUUAGCAAAUAAUCUUAACAUUGAAAAUGUGAGCAAGCAUGUUACACAAAUAAUAAAAUGUAUAAGAAAUAAUCAUCAAGGUGGAGCAAUUUAUAAAUUAGGCGGAGGAACAAAUUUGCCACUUUCUACUGAAACUCGCUGGAAUUCUGUAUGUGAUUCAUUUGGAAAAUAUGUCAACAACUUGAGCAUCAAUUUCACAAUGUUUGAAAAAAAUAAAGACUUGGAUCCCAUGAUUGGUAAAAAAGUGAUAUAUAAAUAAAGCGAAACACAGAAGAUUUAUUAAAAAUAUUAAAACCAAUUGCAGUAGCUCUAGAUAAGUUGCAAAGAGAUCAAACAAAAAUAAGUGACACUGUUGAAAUUUUUAAAAAAUGAUAUAUUAAAUAAUUUUGAUGAAAUAUAAUAUUGGUAAAGAUAUUUGGUAAUAAUAUUGGUAAUAAUAUUGGUAAAGAAUAUAGUUCACUCAAAUAAAAUAUGCUAUGCUUUUUCUAAUUUAAAAUAAUAACUAAA